ACGCAAGCCCGCAGCUUCCGUGAUACAACCGCUUCUCCUCAGGGCCCGCCCACAGCUACACGGACUAACGGCUAACCGACCUUCAAUCCUUGCCACCGCUGCAGGUUACUGGGAGUCCGCGCGGUCGGGGUCUCGCCGCCGCGACAUGUCGCAAAAGCCGAAGAGCCGGGGCCGCCCCAGCUCCCAGGUCGAGCGGGAGCCGGGUGGCGGCGGCGAGGAGGCCCCGAGCACGUCUCGCGGGCCGGGCGGCGCCGCGUCACAGCGUCGGGCCCAGGCCUCCCCGGCCCCGGGGCCGCGCUCGCAGAAGCAGCUGGAGCUGAAGGUGGCGGAGCUGGUGCAGUUCUUGCUGAUCAAGGACCAGAGGAAGAUCCCUAUCCGCCGCACCGACAUCCUGCGGCACGUGGUCGGCGACUACAAGGACGUGCUCCCAGAGCUGCUGCGGCGGGCGGCCGAGCGCCUGGAGUACGUGUUCGGGUACCGGCUGGUGGAGCUGGAGCCGCGCAGCAACACCUACAUUCUGGUCAACACGCUGGAACCGGUGGAAGAGGAUGCGGAGGUGCGCGGCGACCAGGGCACGCCCACCACUGGGCUCCUCAUGAUCGUGCUGGGGCUCAUCUUCAUGAAAGGCAAUAGCAUCAAGGAGACCGAGGUCUGGGACUUCCUGCGGCGCCUCGGGGUAUACCCCACCAAGAAGCACCUCAUCUUCGGGGACCCCAAGAAGCUCAUCACUGAGGACUUCGUGCGGCAGCGAUACCUGGAUUACCGGCGCAUCCCGCACACGGACCCCGUGGACUACGAGCUCCAGUGGGGCCCGCGCACCAACCUGGAGACCAGCAAGAUGAAGGUGCUCAAGUUCGUGGCUAAAAUCCACCACCAGGAUCCCAAGGACUGGCCGGCGCAGUACUGCGAGGCUUUGGCGGACGAGGAGGCCAGGGCCAGACCCCAGCCCGCGGGCCCGAGUCCAGCCACUGCCCCUGCCCCAACCCUUUCUCCUGUCUCUUGAAAUCUGAGACACACCCCAGGGCCCGCUCCCUCCCCGGGGGGAAGGGCUGGAGGUGGGAGGAAGCGUCUUGCUUGUUUAAAUGCGUGGUAGUUCCAGGACGUGUUUGCAAACUUUUCUUGUAAUGUUGUAAGUCAUUUUGAUUCUAAACUUUCAUUUAGAGGGUGACUUGUUUUGUUUUGCUUCAGUGUCUGUGUUUUUUUGGUGUAACCUUGUUAGGUUUGUAAAGCGAAUUGGAAAACUUCCUACCCUAAUCUGGAACUGCCAAGGAAAUACAAGCGAACUGGCCCUUGUCCGGCCUUUGAACUGCCCCACUCGGUAAAGGAAAAGUCUUUGUAAAUUGAAAACGAAAAUGUAAUUGCCUAUAUCCCCUUUUACCUUAACGCAGCUAUUUAAAAAAUCUGUUUUCUAUGCAUAUAAGCAUUUUGAGUCAUUCUAAGCAAUGUGCGUAUUGUAGUUUUUCCAAAUAAUUUUUUACAUUGAUAAUUACUAUGCUGUGUGGCUGACCAUUUUGUUCAAUUUUUUUUGCUACUAUAGUUAUAAUAAAUACUGUAUUUUUAAAGCA